AUGACUGAGAAGCUGGAUGGGCUGCUCACCCUGAAAGGAAGUGUAGAUUCCCUCCUGUUUCUGUCGGCGCAGCUUAACGAACUCUUAUUGGUAAAGCCACUGGUUGAGAGCCUGAGAGAGACAGUCAACGAAAUUCAACAGUCCAUGGACUUCUUCUCCGCUGACUAUGAUCGUCUUCUCAAGCUGGCAACAGCCAACGAGCAAACUGGCAAAGGUCUCCAGGACGAACUGUCGCAACUAAAGUCAACUGUGCAGAUACAAGCAGCCGAAAUCCAGGAGAUCCGGGGCGCGCUCAACGACAACGAGCAGCACAGUCGUCUCUCCAACCUCGAAGUGCACGGACUUCCUGUCUCGCCUAAAGAAGACCUAUUAUCCUUUAUUGAGUCUCUCGCGGAAAAGCUGAACAUCUCUCACUUCCAUAAAACCGAUAUACUCGCUAUACAUCGCUUGCCUGCCAAACGUGAAAAGGCCCCGCCGAUUCUAAUUCGAUUUGCUUCGGUCAGCAUGAAGGAAUCGUGGAUGGAAGCGCGGGGAAAGCUUCCCGCACUCAGUCAGGUUGGUCCUUUCCCCAAAUUGUACCUAAACGACAACCUGACUCGUGCGAACAAGGAGCUGCUUUGGCAGAUGACGCGAAGCGAGCCGUGGAAGGAAUGCGACUUUCAGAACAAAAUUAAGACCUCGCGGUACAGACACUACAAGACCGAUUUGGACGACGAGGCAUCCUAA